AUGCCGAGCAAACAGACGAACGACGUGUUAGCAGUUGAGGAGCUUGUACAUGAAAUCCGCGAGAAUCUGCGGUUAAAGGCAAAACCUUCCCAUCAAUCGUCGCGUAGUUCAAGACCCUCACCCUACCACAUACCAUGCCGAUCGUGGUCGGAGCCAUUGUGCGGGAACGGCACAGACAAGGGGAAGCUAUCUUCUGGAUGUAAGGCAAAGACGAAAGGCGAUGAAGCAAUAGAUGACCCUUACGAGUUCCUGCAGACUCUCUUGAAAAACAACAACCUCGUCAAGGAAGCCGUCCGCCGAUUGCAGCACGGUCUAUCGCCGAAGCAGAGAUAUUUCUACGAGAGCGACGAGGAAUCGACACGGUCACCUAUAGUAGUCAUGUGUCAGCUAGAAUCUUAA